UCGCUCGCGCCCUCCUUCCUCGGCGGCGGCGGCACAAGGCGGCGGCGGCGGCGGCCGGGAGCAGACAUGGCGGCCGACCUGAACCUGGAGUGGAUCUGCUCGCUGCCGCGCUCCUGGACGUACGGGAUCACCCGGGGCGGCCGCGUCUUCUUCAUCAACGAGGAGGCCAAGAGCACCACCUGGCUGCACCCGGUCACCGGCGAGGCCGUCGUCACCGGGCACCGGCGGCAGAGCACAGAUUUACCCACUGGCUGGGAAGAAGCAUAUACUUUUGAAGGUGCAAGAUACUAUAUAAACCACAAUGAGAGGAAAGUGACCUGUAAGCAUCCAGUCACAGGACAGCCGUCCCAGGAUAAUUGUAUCUUUGUUGUGAAUGAGCAGACUGUUGCAACCAUGACAUCUGACGAAAAGAAGGAGCGACCCAUAAGUAUGACAAAUGAAGCUUCCAAUUACAGCAUGGCUUCAGACUGUAUAGUGCAUCCCAUGAGCCCUGUGGGCAGAACAUCACGGGCUUCGAAAAAGGUUCAUAAUUUUGGAAAGAGGUCCAAUUCAAUUAAAAGGAAUCCGAAUGCACCCGUGGUCAGGCGCGGCUGGCUGUACAAGCAGGACAGCACCGGCAUGAAGCUGUGGAAGAAACGCUGGUUUGUGCUUUCUGACCUUUGCCUCUUUUAUUAUAGAGAUGAGAAGGAGGAAGGCAUUCUGGGAAGCAUCCUGCUGCCUAGUUUCCAGAUAGCCAUGCUCACCUCUGAGGACCACAUCAACCGCAAGUACGCUUUUAAGGCAGCCCAUCCAAACAUGCGGACCUAUUACUUCUGCACCGAUACAGGGAAGGAGAUGGAGCUGUGGAUGAAGGCCAUGCUAGAUGCUGCCCUGGUGCAGACAGAGCCUGUGAAAAGAAUUACCUUUAAUUUCCGAGUGGACAAGAUCACAGCUGAAAGUGCAUCAACUAAAGAAACCAAUAACAUUCCCAACCACAGAGUUCUCAUUAAACCAGAGCUCCAGAACAACCAGAAAAAUAAGGAAAUCAGCAAAAUGGAGGAAAAAAGGGCCUUAGAAGCUGAGAAAUACGGCUUUCAGAAGGGUGGCCAGGAGAAACCGCUAACAAAAAUUAACAGUGUAAAGUUGAACUCUGUGCCGUCAGAAUAUGAAAGUGGGCCAAGCUGCCCACCUCCGAAUGUGCUCUACAGACCCAUCAAUGUGAAUAGUUCAGAUGGCAAGACAGGGAACGUCAGCUUGGCAGAUGUCCGGGGUGGAAGUCACCCACAUGCAGGGCCCCUCGCCACGGAGGCCGAUCGCGUCAUCCAGAGAACGAAUUCAAUGCAGCAGUUGGAGCAGUGGAUUAAAGUCCAGAAGGGACGGGGUCUCGAAGAAGAGCCCAGAGGAGUAAUUUCUUACCAAACGUUGCCAAGGAACAUGCCAAGCCACCGAGCCCAGGUUGUGGCCCGCUACCCUGAAGGUUACCGAACACUCCCACGAAACAGCAAGAGCAGACCCGACAGUGUGUGCGGUGCGACCCCUUCUGGCCAUGAGAAGACUGGCGCGGAAGAGAAGAGGCGGUCCAUGAGGGAUGACACCAUGUGGCAGCUGUAUGAGUGGCAGCAGCGCCAGUUUUACCACAAGCAGAGCACCCUUCCUCGGCACAGCUGCCUGAGCAGCCCGAAGGCCAUGGUGAAGGUUUCUGAGCAGACGAUGCACUCCAUCCCCACGUCGCCUUCCCAUGGGUCAGCCGCUGCUUAUCCGGGGUUCUCCCCACAACGAACAUACAGGUCAGAAGUGUCCUCACCCAUCCAGAGAGGAGAUGUCACAGUAGACCGCAGGCACCGGGCUCACCACCCUAAGCAUGCCUAUGUACCUGACAGGCGGUCAAUGCCGGCUGGCUUGGCUUUACCGGCUGUUAGUCCUCAGAGCCUCCAAGGCAGAACGCCAGAGGAGCUUACGCUGUUGCUAAUAAAGUUGAGGCGGCAGCAAGCGGAACUGAGCAGUGUCCGGGAGCACACCUUAGCACAGCUCAUACAGCUGAAACUCGAGCCCCACAGCCCAAAGAAUGACAUUCUUUCCCAUCACCUUCAAAGGAACACCGUGUAUUUGGACCACCAGAUGAAAGAAAAUGAACCUAUUAUCACCAUGGUUCACACAAUGAUUGAGAACUCGGCGCUAAGACCACAACUGUACCAACAAUUCUUAAGACAGAAGAACCAGAUAAGUCUCUAUUGUCUGUCACAAGAUGAAUGUAGAGGCACAUUAUACAAAUACAGACCCGAAGAAGUAGAUAUUGAUGCCAAAUUAAGCAGAUUGUGUGAACAGGACAAAGUGGUCCGGGCCCUGGAGGAGAAGCUGCAGCAGCUGCACAAGGAGAAAUACACGCUUGAGCAGGCCUUGCUGUCCGCCAGCCAAGAGAUAGAGAUGCAUGCAGAUAACCCCGCCGCCAUCCAGUCUGUGGUGCUGCAGAGGGAUGACCUGCAAAGCGGGCUGCUCAGCACCUGUCGGGAGCUCUCCCGAGCCACCGCUGAGCUGGAACGAGCCUGGAGAGAGUAUGACAAGUUAGAAUAUGACGUGACUGUCACCAGGAACCAGAUGCAGGAGCAGCUUGACCGCCUUGGGGAAGUGCAGAGUGAAUCGGCAGGGAUCCAACGGGCACAGAUCCAGAAAGAACUUUGGAGAAUUCAAGAUGUCAUGGAGGGGCUGAGCAAACACAAACAGCAAAGAGGCUCCUCAGAAACAGUAGGUCUGGCAGGAUCAAAGCCUUUCUCAGCGGUUAAGUACAGAAGCGAGGAAGAGGAAGUAGUCCCACCUCGGCCUCCACUUCCUCGGUCUUAUGACUUUACAGAGCAGCCUCCCAUAAUCCCCCCUCUGCCCAGUGAUAGCAGCUCCUUGCUCUGUUAUAGCAGGGGCCCCGUGCAUCUGCCUGAAGAAAAGAAGAUGCAUCAAGUUCAAGGAUAUCCAAGAAAUGGAUCUCACUGUGGUCCAGAUUAUAGACUGUACAAGAGUGAACCAGAGUUGACCACAGUGGCAGAAGUUGAUGAAUCUAACGGAGAAGAAAAGUCGGAACCGGCUUCUGAGACGGAAGCUCCAGUUGUCAAAGGUUCCCACUUUCCCGUUGGAGUUCCUGUGAGAACGAAGUCGCCCACGCCCGAGUCCUCGACAAUAGCUUCCUACGUGACCUUGAGGAAGACGAAGAAGGUGGAGCUAAGAACGGAAAGACCUAGAAGUGCAGUGGAGCAGCUCUGUCUGGCUGAAAGUACUCGGCCUAGGAUGACCGUGGAAGAGCAAAUGGAGAGAAUACGGAGACACCAGCAGGCCUGCCUGAGGGAGAAGAAGAGGGGGCUGAAUGUCAUCAGUGCUUCAGACCAGUCCCCCUUCCAAAGUCCUUCGAGUGUGAGGGAUAACCCUUUGAGGGUUACUCAGACUCUAAGGAGGGAUGAAAGUGUUAAGGAACUAGACCCCAUCCACAGAGAAAAUGACGGAAAGCCAGACCAUGAAACCCCAGCAGCAGAAGCCGUUCUACUGGAAGACGCUGGACCCCAGAAGGUGGACCUUGGCAGAAAGCUUAAAAGAACUGAAAGUAUUUUUUAUGAAAUGCUCUUCACACCUGAGCCAAAUGGGAUGAUUUCUGAAGGAGUCAUGGAUGCAGAAAAGCAUAAAGAUCAGGCACUGGAAGAUGUUCCGUGCAGCCCUCAGGGAGAGGCGGAGACAAACCAUCAGGCGGAAGGUCACCCUGAAGAAGCACAGAGUCUUCGUGAAGAGGAGGAAACUGUUGCUGCUUUGGAACCACCUCCUGAGAGUCCUAGAGAGAAUCAAACCACAGUGAAAAGUCUGUCCCCGUCUCCUGAGUCCUCCGCAUCACCAGCUCCGCCCACUCCGCCAAAGCUCACAGAAGGAUCGCAUUUCAUGUGUGUGUAGUCUCAGAACUGCACUGACGUCUCUUGAGAGCACACAGAGCUGAAGCUGUGGACCCUCAGCGACGGAAGAAGAUGUUGUACAGUAUACCUUAAAUCUAUGAAAUUCAUAGUUCUGAUGCGUCUGGCCACAGAGCAUCAUUUUAUCACCUUUGGAAAAUGUUUAUUCCAAAAUAGCUUUAACGGCCCAUACGUGCACUCCGUAGUCUCGAGGUCACCGUCCUCCACCAGCUUGCUGCUAUGAGUUCAGAGCCCGCCGGCGCUCUCCCCCGCGCUCCACCGGCGCUCUCUCCUGCGAUCCACCCAGAGCUUGCUUAGUUGCAGUUCUCAAAUUUAGAUGCUUGAGUCUCGGUGAGUUUACGUUUUCUUUGGCUUUUCGGCAGAGCUGUACUUCCCUGUGAGGCUUGUUUUCUUUCCUCCCUUCUCUUCCCAUUCUGGCUACUGCAGUGCUUUGUUCGACACUUGAUUUGUAAAAAUUUUAUAUAAAUAUAUUUAAAAUGUGCCAUUUUAUUACUGCUAAGUGAAGUAUGUCCCGUUUUCCGCUGUAAUUCUUCCUCAGUCAGACGCAGCAGUGUCAGCUGUUCCUGCCACUCUCUGUCAGCUCCCACACAAAUACCGUUGCUUAGCUUUCCUCAAAAAGCGAAACAAUUACAAGUGUAGGUCUGUAAGUACUGGACUUUUACAUCAUUGGAAUAGAUGUGUACAGCAAUAAGGCAGGCUUUUCGCUCCAGUACUCGGUUUGUGUACAGAUGUAAUUAUGUUCAUUGUGUAGAUGUUAUACAGUGAGCAAUGUAAUAAAGGCUGCUUACUAUAGUUUAAUGCAAAUGUUCAUAUCUCAUUUCUUUUUUAUCAUGUUAAAUAAAUGUUGAUGUUCUUAAA